CUUGCGCUCCUUUGGAUGCCAGAUGUUGCCAACGCCCGCAUCGGCUAUUUCUGGCACAUCAGCGACCUGCAUCUGGACACUUUGUACUCCACGCAGGGCGACGUCUACAGAAGCUGCUGGCAGCUGUCGCGUCCCGGCGCUUCAACAGCUCCACAGUCCAUGGAGUCGCCGGGUCCCUUUGGCAACUACAACUGCGAUAGUCCUUGGAGCCUCGUGGAAUCGGCAGUCAAAACCAUGAAAGCCAAACAGGGCGACAACGUGGAGUUUGUUCUCUGGACAGGCGAUGCUCUAUCUCACUCCGCUCAGCCAUUGUCCGAACAAAAGCAACACGAAAUUCUGCGCAACAUCACCGAGCUUCUAGGACGCAGCUUCUCGGCUCCUUUCAUCUUCCCGGUGCUGGGCCACGAGGAUGGCAGCAGCAGCAACAGCCAGCAAAAGUACAAGCAGAUGGGUGAACUCUGGCGCCAUUGGCUGCCCACCGAAGCACUCAACACCUUCGAGCAAGGCGGAUAUUACUCCAUCGAGCAGACAAAGAGUCGCCUGCGCAUCGUCGCUUUGAACACCAACUUUAUGCGGUUCGAUCACGAGCCAGAGCCAAGGAUGUCGCACAGUCUGCGAUGGCCUAACGAAUACUAUGGCGAACCCAAGGCUUCGAGCAGCACCAUGUCUGCUCAGGAUCAGCUGCUGGCUGAGCAGCAGUGGCUCUGGCUGGACGAGGUGCUCAGCAAGGCGAAGCAGAAGCAGGAGACGGUCUACAUUGUGGGUCACAUGCCGCCGGGCGUGGACGAGCGUCAGCUGGGACCUCAGCACAGUGGUCAGCUGAUCUUCACGGAGCGCAAUAACAAACGCUACUUGGACACGGUUAGGAAGUACGCCUCAGUGAUACAGGGACAAUUCUUUGGCCAUCUGCACUCGGACACCUUUCGACUCAUCUACGAUGAGCAAGGCACGCCCAUCUCCUGGCUGAUGAUAGCGCCUUCGGUGGUCCCUCGAAAGGAGGGCAUUGGAGGCUCCAACAAUCCAGCGCUGCGUCUCUACAAAUUCGACACGGGCAGCGGCCAAGUGCUGGACUACACGCAGUACUGGCUGGAUUUGCCUCUAGCGAAUCGAGCUCACGAACCUCUCUGGCAGCCGGAAUACAAUCUGACGCACUAUUAUGGACUGGCCGACAUCUCGGCCAUAGCGAUGCACAACUUUGCCGAGCGAUUCACCGGCAAAGAUGCCUCAUGGUUUACAAGAUAUCAACGUGCCAAUGCCGUGAGAUUUCAGUCGAAUGCCGCCUGUCAGGGUCUCUGCAUGCUCAAUCAUUAUUGCGCCAUCACGCGCCUGGACUACGACGAGUUCCGGCUGUGUCUUGAGUCCGAGCAAUUGCCACUGCAAGGACAUGCCGCUGGCACCUUAAUGCUCAGCAGCAGCUGUGCUCUGGCCUCGUUGCUGCUGCUGUUGGCGUUUAGCUUCCUCAGCUGCUGCUGCAGAGAACAGACGUCGACGUCGACGUCAAGAGCAAACCUGGUCAUGUCCAGCAGCCAUUUAGCGAAUUUAUAAGGCGUCUCUCUCUCUCGAAGGUAGACUGACGGAGACGCUUUGAAGCCCCAUCUCAAGCUACUUGCAGGCGCACUCUUCCUAAUAACUAGCUAAAAUAAAUCAAAUUAAAUAUCGAAAAUCAAAAAUCAAAAAGCAAACCACAAAAUACAGGCAUAAAUAAUACAACAAGAAUGAAAAACGAAAAUAAAUCGCGCUAUUUUAAUCUCAAAUGCUGUACGUGUAUGUGUCUGUGUAUCCUCUGUCUGUGUUGCUAAGCGAAUGUGUGUGCGAGUGUGUGUUGAUGUGUGUAUCUGUGUGUGUAUGCAAGUGUGUGUGUGCGCCUGCCUGCGAGCCAUAUCAUAUGUGUGUGUGAUAAACUUUGUCUAUUAUUACAAUUAUUAUUACACUUACGAGUAUUACGAUGAUUAUUAUUAUUAUUAUUAUGAUUAUUAUUACGAUUAUAAAUGUAUAUGAAUAUGAAAAUAA